AUGGCCGCGAGGGGCGGCGCGUCCUCGUCGUCGGCUGCGCCUUCUUCACACAGCAUCGCCUCCGCUCUGCUCCACCCCGGCCUCGGGUCCCUUCGCCUCCGUGCGCACGCAUGCUGCUGUGCCCAGGCGACCUCGCCAGCGCCGACGUCCGUCGCCGCGGCUCCGCCCGCGCCCGGUGUUCCUGCCACUGGACGACGCCUGUGGGCUGGCCGCUCCCCUACGACAUCACUGGUGCGCCUCGCCCUCGCGGCCGCUAGAACCAGCUGCGUCGGCUACGCCGGCCGCCUUCCGCCCGAGCUGGCUCCGCGUCUGGCACCGUCUCGGCCCUCGACCGUCUGGGUGAGGGGCCGGCCUUGUCCCCGAAGCUCCCGCCGGGUCGCCUCCGACUGCCGCCUGUGUCGGCUCGACUCCGCCUGCGCGCCGGCUCCGCGUCCGCCCGGCCUCGUCCCGCUCCCGGCGCUUGGGCCGACUCCCCGACGCUGGCCCGCCCUGCGCCGGUUCCUCCCCGUGCCGGCUUCCCCGCGCGCCGCCUCGAGCGAGAGGCCGUCCGCCUCGCCUGCUCGCCCGUCGCCCCGGCCGACUACGGCGCCGGCGCCAGACGGCCUCGCCGGCUCGCCCGCCGCCCCGGCCGACUACGGCCCCUGCGCCAGACGGCCCCGCCGGCUCGCCUGCCGCCCCGGCCGACUACGGCCCCGACGACAGACGGCCUCGCCGGCUCGCCCGCCGCCCCGCCCGACUCCGACCCGCCUCCGCCUCCCCCGCGCGCGCCGGGCCGGCUCGCCGCUCGCCGGCCCCGCCAGCUCGGCCACGGGCCUCCUCCGCUCCGCGCCGACUCGCGGCUCCGCCUACACCCAUGCCCGUCGCCUGCCCGACCUCCUGCUCCAAG